CACUUCUUACCGUAUUUCUGUUGAACUCGCGUGUGGCAGUUUUUAUAGUAAGUUAGCAUUGUUUUACAGCAUGUCAGAAAAAGGAGAAGUGGAUUUAACUGGUGCCAAGCAGAAUACUGGUGUUUGGCUCGUAAAGGUACCGAAGUACCUCUCUCAGCAAUGGGCAAAAGCUACAGGAAGAGGCGAGGUCGGGAAAAUCAGAAUUUGCAAAAAAGGAAACCAAGGAAAACCAGAGGUAUCUUUCACUUUAAAUGAAGAGUUGACUACCAUCGAAGGCAUUGAAGACAAGACGGUUUCUGCACCUCGCGAGCAUCCGUUCACCAUGCAGUCCGUGGGGGGUCAGAUGCUGACGGUCUUCACAGAGACUUCAUCCGGCCAGUCAGAAGAAAGAUCUGAUGGCAGCAGCUCAGGUUCGGGGGCAGGUCCAGAUAAGAUAGCCUUGGAGGGAGUGGUGGUGCAGAGAGCAGAAUGCAGACCUGCUGUUAGUGAAAGCUACAUGAAAUUAAAGCGGCUACAAAUUGAAGAGUCUUCCAAACCAGCGAGGUUGUCACAGCAGUUGUUGAAACCAGUCACCACCAACUACAAGCCUGUGGCCAACCACGAAAACAAUCGUGAAUACGAGCGGAAAAAGAAAGAGGAGGGCAAGAGAGCGAGAUCUGACAAACAGCAAGUGCUGGACAUGUUGUUUUCUGCGUUUGAGAAGCACCAGUACUACAACAUCAAAGACCUGGUGGACAUCACCAAACAGCCUGUGACAUACCUGAAGGAAAUCUUGCGUGAUAUUGGCAUCUACAAUGUUAAGGGGACACACAAGAACACCUGGGAACUCAAGCCGGAGUACAGACAUUACCAAGCAGAGGAAAAAACUGAUGAAUAGUUUUUUAAUUUGUAAACCCUUGUAUUGUCACACAGGUUGUGACUUUGAGUUCCUAUUUCUUUACACUAGGAUUCAACAUGAGAAGCAGUGAGAAGAGGUUUUUUGUUUUGUUACAGUUUCUGCACACAUGACCCUCAGCUUGGCUUCCAUAAGAGAACAGCAACAAUGCUUACAUUUGGAAAUUUAUUUCUAGGCUGCUUUUGAUUAAUUUUUUGUAUAAUAUGGAAAAUUGUAGUAUUUUGACUGCAAGCAAUUAACUUGUUAUGGAACAGGGAGGCUAUAUACUAGUCACUGAUUUUUGUCAAACGUUCACUGGAAAGUUUGGACCCAAUUCUCACCUAAGAGAUGCAAACGAGUGGCAGGUAAGUAUUUUUAUCCAAAUGUGAUUUGGAUGGAACAAAUCUUCUGCACUGGAAGUUUUACUGGGUUUUAAGUGUUUUACAUUUGAUUUAUGUAAUAAAGUUGUCAAUGGAAGUAUUUUGACAUGUGAGAGCACAACAUUACACCUCUGGAAACAAGUGCUGUCAAAUACAGGUACAUCUCAAAAAUAAUGUGAAGAAAUUUUAAAAUUUUCAUCACUUAUUUCUAAAAGUAAAACUUGAUUAAAGACUGAACUAUUUCAAACAUUUA